AUGCAUUCUCUUAUGAACGCCGCUUUUUUGGUGUUUUGCUUUGUGGUAACGCUAUAUCACCCAUGUCGUGGUCAGACUUGUACCGAUUAUUCAAACUGGUGUCAGCAGAACAACCAGUGCGCAUAUAUUUUCACACAACCUCGCCAGACUGGACAGACCUGCUUGCAGAACUUGGAGCAAGUUGAUAUAGGCCAGCUCGUCACAGACAAUACUCAGCAGAGCAAUGAAAUCGCUGUUUUACGGAGUCAAUUGACGUCACUUCAAUUCCAAGUGCAGAACUUCGUCGAGUUUGUUGCUGGCAUGAAUAACACGUUAUUGUACCACUCUUCGCAACUGUUAUGCGCAGCAAUCACCGAUCCAUGCGCCAAUAACCCGUGUCUUAAUAAUGGUGUGUGCGAGGCGUCACUCAAUUCAUGCGCUGAUUAUGUAUGUGUGUGCACAGGAUGCUGGGUAGGAACUAACUGCCAAACAUACGUGAAUCCUUGUACCCAGAAUCCUUGUCAGAAUAAUGGAGUCUGCACAGCUGUUCAGGGAUCGUGUAAUUCCUACACGUGUCAGUGUUCACAGUGUUAUACCGGACAAAAUUGCAAUACGUUUAUUAGCCCAUGUAAUUCAAAUUCCUGUCUCAACGGCGGCACGUGCGUGAGCAUCCCUAACAGCUGUUCAACAUACAACUGCAUUUGUCCGACAUGCUACUCCGGAGACUUCUGCCAAAUUGAGCAAAACCCGUGCAGCCCAAACCCAUGCCAGAAUGGCGCCACCUGUUUCCCAUUGGGUUGCACUGAUUUCGUAUGUCAAUGUCCAUCAUGUUACACUGGCACAUAUUGUACAUCACAAUUAAAUGCAUGUGCGAACCAUCAAUGUCAAAACGGAGGAGUUUGUGUCCCACAAGCUGGCUCGUGUACUUCGUAUAAUUGCCAAUGUUCAGGUUGUUACUCUGGAACUUAUUGCACGCAAUAUAGCGAUCCAUGCCAGAAUUCACCGUGUCAGUUUGGAGGUGCAUGCACUGCAGUUCCUGGCUCAUGUGUGGCGUUUACUUGUCAGUGUAGUAAUUGUUAUACUGGUGCAAAUUGCGAAACUUUCUUGGAUCAGUGCAGCCCAAAUCCCUGUGCAAAUGGUGGCAUUUGCCAACCGCUAGCGGGAUCAUGUUCACAAUAUCUUUGUCAAUGCCAGGGAUGUUUUAUUGGUUCCAACUGCCAACAAGCUGCCAAUCCAUGUGCUAACAAUCCAUGCCAAAAUGGUGGAGUGUGCACAACAGUUGCUGGUACAUGUUCAUCUUACUCUUGCACAUGUGGAAGAUGCUACACUGGUGUCACUUGUACUACACUUAUCGAUCCAUGCGCAAAUAAUCCAUGUGCUAACGAUGGAUUUUGCGUCCCUAAUUAUGAGACAACAGAUUGUAAUGAUUUUAAUUGUUAUUGCCAACAAUGCUUUGAAGGACCAACCUGCGAAGUAGCCAUUAAUGUAUGUGCCAACAACCCAUGUUCAAAUGGUGGUACGUGUCAGCCCUACCCUGGUCUCUGUAUGGUGGCUACAUGUCAAUGUCCAACUUGUUAUACUGGUCAAUACUGUGAUAUAUUUCAAAAUCCAUGUUCAACUAAUGCAUGUGCUAAUGGUGGUACUUGCGUAUCAAUAUCGUGUACAGACUAUCAAUGUGAAUGUCCAUUUUGUUACUCAGGAACAUUCUGCCAAACAGCAUUGAACCAAUGUUCACCGAACCCAUGUCAAAACCAAGGAAUAUGCUUACAAACUGCAGGGAGUUGUACCGAUUAUACUUGUCAAUGUCAGGGCUGUUAUACUGGAACACUGUGUCUUGAAUUGCUCAAUCCGUGUAGUCCAAAUCCAUGCUUGAAUGGAGGACUAUGUCAACAAAUUGGUGGUUCAUGUCAAUCAUAUCAGUGUCAAUGCCAGGGCUGUUUUAUUGGUACCAACUGUCAGCAAGAUGAUUAA